UUCAGUUUCUUCUUAAGUAGAAAUGAGUGGUUCACAACAGCAAGUUGAAGGUUGCAGUGAAUGUGACAGAUCUGCUGUCUGGUAUUGUGUGGACGACAAUGCAAAUUACUGUGACGAUCACAACUCAGUUGCUCAUUCACUCAAAUCACAACAACGUCAUAGAAGAGUACCAAUUAGUGAGAAGGAAAGAGUGAAAGACGACAAACCAUCGAGUUGUGUAACUCAUCAUAUGCCACUGUGUUUAUAUUGUUUAACAUGCAAGGUAGUGAAUGCGUUUCUCAGCUUCGAUCUCCUGCAUUUUAACACUCGUUAUCUCUUCGGAUGUGAGAGAUCAGAGAGAGCUGUGUUACACUAGACCUUGAUGACACAUAGAUUUGUAUUACUGAUUCUCGUUUCGUAGACCGUUUGCUGUGUUACUUGUCAUUCUUUUGGGGUACACAAGAAUCACACUGUCAGGACUGUUGUUGAUGAGGCAAAUGAUGUGAGAAGUAAAGUGAAAAAGCACGCUGAACGCCCUCAACAAAUAGGCAUCCGCUUCAUAGAUGAAGCAGAAGAACUAAAGCGAAAGCUGAAAGAUAUUGAUUCUAGUGAAGAUGAAAGUCGAAAACAAAUCAGAAAAGCAUAUGAUCGUAUUCUAGCACUUCUCACGGCACGACAAGCAGAGAUGGAGAGACAACUCAAACAAGAGUGUCAGACUUGCCGUAAUAAUGUGCGCAUGCGUCAAGAGAAUGUGACAAAUGUCAGUUCGAGUUUGAACGAUGGUCUCCAACAAGUUGCACAUGUUUUGUCAUUGAAUGACUAUGCUGCAUUGUCCCAAGGAAGAACUGUUAUUGAACAGUUGGAACAAGCUGAAACUGAAUGGAAUAAAUAUCAAGAACAGGAGCCGCUACGCUCACUCAUUCAGUUUCAUAUUGGUAGUGAAGCUAUUACACACAAUAUUUCAACUUUAGGUUGUAUCGGUAAGUGA